UUGUAAAUGACUUGGAAGCAUUGAAGGUAAAAAAGGUAUUGGAUCCUCAAUACAUUAAAAGGGGUAUUGAAUCCUUGGCAAAAAGGAAAGACAUCGUUAUCCGCCCUGCGGACAAAGGGGGGGGGUCUCGUUGUCCUCAGUAAAAACUAUUAUCAACUUGAAAUGAGUAAUCUUCUUUCUGAUAGUGAUACCUAUAGGGUAUUGUCUAAAGAUCCUAUGUUUGAUUUCAAGGAUGAACUUCAUCAUAUCAUUGAAGAUGGGAGGGAUCAAAAGAUUCUUACUAAAAAAGAGGCGUUGUAUCUCGAUCCCUUGUUUUGUAGAACCCCUAUUAUUUAUUUCUUGCCAAAGAUCCACAAAAAUAGUACCCAUCCGCCUGGGAGGCCCAUUGUUAAUGGGAUCGACUCGGUAUCGGCCAGAUUGGGCCAAUAUAUAGAUUCGUUUUUGCAACCUUUAGUGGUUAAAACCCCUGCUUUUCUGAAAGACACUAAGCAUAUUAUCCAAAUAUUGGAAUCUCUUGGUUGUUCCACUAAUAGUAUAUUAGUCACUGCGGACGUCAGUUCGCUUUAUACUAUUAUAGGACACAGUGACGCUAUGGCGUCUGUUGAAUGGGCCCUUUCCACAUCAACACUAUCAGGGAGACACCAAGAAUUCCUUUUGGGCUGUUUGGAUUUCUGCUUAUCCAGAAAUUAUUUCUGGUAUAAUGGAGACUAUUUGCUGCAGACAAGGGGAGUUGCCAUGGGCGCUCGUUUUGCUCCCAGUGUGGCCAAUAUUUUUAUGGCCCACUGGGAGGAAGAGGCGAUUUUCCAACAUCGCCCCCCUGAGUUGGUCUGUUACCGUCGUUAUAUCGAUGACCUCAUCAUCAUUUGGAAUGGUGAGAGGUCCUCAUUGGAUACCUUCAUCAGUGGUCUCAAUAAUAACAACAAAAAUAUUACACUCACAUGGACCAUUGACUAUGAAAAAAUUGUCUUUUUAGAUUUGACCAUAGUCAAAAAUACGGACCAUUUUAAACUCACCAAUUAUUUCAAACCGACAGACCGGAAUGCAUACAUACCAUUGGGAAGUUGCCAUCACAAAUCUUGGUUAUGUAAUAUCCCCAAAGGGCAAUUUAUUAGAUUACGCCGUAAUUGCACCACUGAGUCUGACUUUGUUGACCAAUCUCGUGUUUUGGCUGAUAGAUUUGUGCAAAAAGGGUACAACCAAGACCACCUUGAGAGGGAAAUUGGACAGGUUCAGCAAUUAGAUAGAACUGUUUUAGUGUCCGAUCGUGUGGCUAAUGUCAGCCUUCCCCCCAAUGAUAAACACAAUUUUAGAAUGAUCUUGGACUAUAAUGUCCAACAUAAAAAAUUUGAACGGAUCAUCUCAAAAAAUUGGUCUAUCUUGAAACAGGACAAAAUAUUGGGACCUGCAUUACCAGCAAAACCCCAAUUUGUAUACAAGAAAGCUCCCACUCUUAGGGAUCGAUUAGCACCUAGUGUGCUCGAUCCCCCGGUCAUUUCAGAUAAUAGAAUGUUCAAAUUCCUGGGAGGUUUCCAUGCCUGUGGACGUUGUGUUCCAUGCAAACAUUCCAAAGUGAACAUUAAAAAGAGGAAAAAAUUUGUGGCAUCUGCCACUGAUAAAGAAUAUGAUAUUAAACAGCUCAUCACUUGUGACACCGUAGGUGUUGUCUAUAUGUUGGAAUGUGAUUGCGGCCUGCAAUACAUAGGCAGAACCUCCAGACCCCUACAUGUACGUUUAGCCGAACAUGUCAAUAACAUCAAACAAGGGAAAACCACACACAAUGUAUCCCGCCAUUUUAGGGAUUUCCAUCAUAGAAAUCCAAAAGGAUUGCGUUUUUGGGGAAUUGAAAAGGUUAAUCGUCAUUGGAGGGGGGGUAAUUUUAUCCGACAAUUGAGCAAGAAAGAAUCUUAUUGGAUUCAUGAGACCCAUGUUCUUUGUCCUGACGGGUUAAAUGUGGACUUUGAUGUUAAUUGUUUUAUAUCCGAUCGUUGACAUGCGUUUUCAGAUA